CUCGCCCUCCCUCCUCCCUCCCCUGAGCAGCCUGGGAGCUGUAGUAUGCGUUAGGCCUGGGGCUCCGUCCUACCGUGGGUGGUGCCUGCUUAGGCCGAUGCCUGCCUGUUGCUGUUGCUCCUCCUCCUCUCAUCCAGCCCGGUUGACCGGCGGCCAAGCGGGCUUCGGGACUUGCCGAGGCCUCGGGUGCCGAGCGUUGCGGCUCGUAUCUGAAGCUCCCUUGCAAACUCUUCCUUUCGGCAAAGGUGCAUCCGCUGCACUGCUUGAGGCUGCGGAGUCGUGUGCCUCGUACGGAGGAAAACGGCCGCCUUCAAGACUGACAAGCCACGCCGUCCUGUUUGGUGACUCCGAAGUACCAAGCGAGCCUAAAAGUUGGGUGGGGGGGGUCAGAAAAGGCGGGUGUGGGGGGAGGCUUAUCUGCCCCCCAGCAGUCCUGAGUACAAGCAACAUUCCGAUAUUUUACAAGGAUUUGCUUGCAAGAAAAUGGGGGGCGGUUUGGGGGACCGCCCCCCCCGUAGCAAGUCUGAUAAGUACGGACGUGAACCCCCAAACUGGUUCAGAAUCGUUUUUCAAUUAACUGCAACGGAACCUGAAGUUUGUCUUGAAGAAAAGGCAGAACCAAUCCCCUAAGGCAGGGCUGAUCAGCUUUGGGGCUCCUGCAGAUGUUGGCCUGAUUGAUUGAUUAAGUGCUGUCAAGUCAGUGUCUACUCUUAGAGACCACAUAGAUAGAUUCUCUCCAGGAUGAUCUGUCUGCAACUUGGCCUUGAAGGUCUCUCAGUGGUGCAGUCAAUGCUGUCGUAAUCAAGUCCAUCCACCUUGCUGCUGGUCAGCCUCUUCUUCUCUUUCCUUCCACUUUCCCCAGCAUGAUGGACUUCUCAAGGGAGCUGGAUCUUCGGACACCAUGGAAAAGCAGAAGGCCAAGCAAGACCUCCUCGUGGCGGUGCUGUGCGUCUUUAUGCUCCUCCUGGUUCUGCUCAUCGCAAGCUGCAUCUUCAUCCACUACAAGCUGAUAUCAAACGCCACCCCUACAGAAAAGCCCACGUUCCCUUCUACGUCCAACUCCACGAAGAACGUCCUGAAGUCGUUUUCCCUCCAGGCGCACAGCGUGGAGACGAGGAUCCUUCUGUCCCCUGCAGAUGCGAAGAAGUUUGCCACCUCUCCGGGGACCCCGCCCGUUCCUCAACCACAGCCAGGACCCCCGUCGCCCACUCCUGAGGGCUCCACCGUGAAGCCAAACCAACAGUCCGUCUGCCACGUCUACCGAAGCCAUUCCGACGACAGCUUGCAUUCCGACGACUCUGGGAGCAUUUAUUCUCUGGAGCAUUUCCACUCCUUGUAUGGGUCUUCGAGGAGCAUGUCCAGAGAGUCCCUGUGCAGCACGGAACGCCGGGGCGAAGAGCCCGGAGGAAGCGACGACUCCGAAAGUGUGGUGCUUUGUGCUAUCCACCACGAGAUGUGACGCAUAAGGUCACGCCCGUGAGAAACUGCACGGACAGUGGAUUUCCUCUGCGCGGUGACUUCCUUCCGGCGAACCAAGGACCCACUUGCGCAUGUGAAGACGCUCGACUUCACGUGGAGGCCACGCCAGCCACGGACCGGUGGCUUCCCGCCGCCCACCCGCAGGCAUCAAAGCAAACCGGAGGUGAACCUCCUUUCAUUUUCUAUCUCACUAAUCAUAGCAAGGACCUGAUCGAUGGAACUCCCCACCCAGAGACUGACAAGGGGCCCAAUCAUUGUGACUUUAAAUCGGAAGCAGACUUCUGAAACCAACGAGUUCUUAGACGGAUUUUCCAGUCAAUGAGACGCAUCAAUAAAAGGAGUGUCGUUGGAAUCACGUCGGAGGUGUGGGGAUCGCGAGUCGAGAACUCAGCGGUGGUUUGUCUCUGGUGGGUCUAGAUCAGGCCUGCUCAACUUAAGCCCCCAGCUGUUUUUUGGACUACAACUCCCCGAAUCCCCAGCCACAGUGGUCAGUAGUCAGGGAUUAUGGGAAUUGUAGGCCAACAUCUGCGGGGGGGCCGAAUCUGAGAAGCCCUGGUCUAGAUCAGGGAUUCUCAACAUUGGGUCCCCAGAUGUUUUUGGACUUCAACUCCCAUAAUCCCCAAUCAAAAGCCUCUGGGGCUAGGGAUUAUGGGAGUUGAAGUCCAAUAACAUCUGAGGCCCCAACAUUGAGAAGACCUGGUCUAGAUGCUGUGUGCAGCUGGGGUGCCUAAUGGUGAAUUUGGAGACCCAACCAUCUCAUCUUUCACCAUCAAUGUUCUAGUCCUCAUUGUGGUGGAGAUAGAGAACCUGCCUAUAAUUUAAGGGAAUAGAGCUCGUCUUGCAGUAGCAAGCAGGAGUUGUCCCCUUAGCUAAGCAGAGUCUGCCCUGAUUUGCAUUUGGAUAGGUGACUGCAUGUGAGUUCUGUAAAAUAUUCCCCUUAGGGGAUGGGUCCAUAGCUCAGUGGUAGAGCAUCUGCUUGUCAUGCAGAAGGUCCAAGGUUCAAUCUCUGGCGUCAUCUUCUGGUAGGGCUGGGAAGGACUCCUGACUGAAACAGAGCCUUGGAGAGCUGCUGCCAGUCAGUGUAGGCAAUGCUGAACUAGAUGGACCAAUGGUCUGACUCAGUAGGAGGCAGCUUCCUAUGUUCCUAUGAUCAAACUGCACCUCCCCACCCAUUAAAGUCCCUUCCCGUGAAAGUCCUUCUUUCCUUCCCCGUGAAAGUCUGCCUGGCCUCACCUCCAUUUUUAGAUAUUUCUGCACAUUUUGAAUCUGUAGUUGUAACAACGUGCCAAUGCCUUGGGAGUCCUGGCUUGGUUCUUCAUUCGUUUUUGGUGGUUUCAUUGCCUCUGUGGUCCUUUUCCGCAUUUUAUUUUCAUUGUAUUGCAUUUGUUUGUAAUUUUUCUAAGUCAUGUCAUGUGUGUUCCAACAGAAAAGUAUAAUAAUAAUAAUAAUAAUAAUAAUAAUAAUAAUAAUAAUAAUAAUACAAAAUCUACAAAUUGAAAUUGAAAGGCUGUGGCAGAAGAAGAUCAAAAUAAUCCCAGUGGUAAUUGGCACCCUCGGUGCAAUUCCAAAACAUCUUGAAGAGCACCUCAACGUCAUAGGGGCCACAGAAAUCACCAUCAGCCGAUUACAAAACAACCAACUUUACUGGGAACAGACUACAUUUUGCGGUGAUACCUAUAACAACAAUAUUGAUGAUAAACUUCUGGCAUCCCAGGUCCUUGGGAAGGACUCGAUGUCUGCAUAAAACAAACCGGUCAAUAACACCUGUCUGACUGUGUGAACAAGAAAUAAUAAUAAAUAAUGCUCAGUAGGGCAAAGCAUCCA